AUGCUAGAAACUGAAGACGUGUUAAACCAGGAGCUGCUGGUGGAGAGCAACACCACUCUUUGCAAUCGCGCAGUUCCUGCAACCCAUCUUGUAGGAGACUCGUCGUCCUCGGUGGAGUUUUUCGUGGCUGUGGCCGUCUUGGCUUUCCUCUAUUCAAUGGUGGCUCUGCUGGUCUAUCUGGGCUACAUGCAUGUGUACAGAGACUCAGACUUCGGCCCUAUGUUUGAUUUUGUGCUGACAGCAGUCUUUGCGUUCCUGUGGCUGGUGUGCUCGUCUGCAUGGGCUCGAGGUCUGCAGAUGGUGAAGGAUGCCACCGGUACAGCUGGCAUUGAAUUCACUCUGGCGCUCUGUACGGACAGAGAUGUCAGAUGUGAAGUCACUGAUUACGCUAGCAUGCGCUCGCUCAAUAUAUCUGUGAUAUUUGGUUUCUUGAAUCUCAUCCUGUGGGUUGGGAACGCCUGGUUUGUGUAUAAGGAGACGCGCUGGCACUCUCAGAAGGUCAACGCUCAACAAGCGGCAGGACGGGGUCCAAAUCCAGCAGCCAUCUAAACAAUUACCCCACAGCAUAACAAUGCCCACCGUAGCCGUUAUGAAAAACACACAGUAACAGUUUAUGCUUUACGCAGUUUGUCUGUAAGAACAAUACUCAUAUGACUGCCGUGUUCAUUUGUGAGAUUUCUCUCUUCACCUUUUCUGUUUCUUGUGUACUUGAAGAAAAUAUCUUUUUUUACCUUGGUUAUAUUUUUAUUA